GACGUGAUAGAUCAGCAUGGACGAAGGCGAGUUCCUGCGUCUGUUGGAGCGCUACCCUGUGGUGCGCAAGAAGACGCACUGCCGCGUACAAUGGAAUGACAUGUACGACGAUGAGCCGGCAACGCACCCUACGAGCUCCGGUAUCUUUACCCCCUCAGGCCAAGAGAGCGUCAUCCAGCCUUCAGACUCCGUGGAAGACGCGCUGGAGAAGUUCCUGUCGCCGUAUUUCUCGUCCAACGAGGCUGCCAAGAUCCAACAACAGCUCGAGAAGGCACAGCGAGAUUUCCUGUCGAGUCUGUGUCUGGAGGACGUGAACGACCUCUGUGCACAAUUUGUCACGACUAAAUAGAUGCGAUACACAAAAAUGUUGCAACUAAAAAAAAAGAGCAAGACUAUAUUAUCGAGCCUCAA